GGUGAAGACGAGCAGGGUUCCUUGAUCCACGCAGAAUGUCCGAUAAUACAUAUGAAUCGCAGACAUUCUCUGCUGAAUCAUACUUUGAAACGCAACCGGAACCUCCUUCACUCGUCGCCGACAUAGAGGGUGUUCACGAGUUUAUCCAACGGCAACGACAGGCUAACCGACCCGUUGUGCUCGUAACGAGUGGAGGGACCACCGUACCACUGGAGCUCAAUGUCGUCCGCUUCCUCGAUAACUUCAGCGCCGGCACCCGAGGUGCAACGUCCGCCGAAUAUUUCCUCAAAGCUGGUUACGCCGUCAUAUUCAUGCAUCGCCAAUUCAGCCUGCAACCCUUCAGCAGGCAUUAUUCCCACUCAACGAAUCCAUUCCUCAAUUUUCUCGAGAUCGAUGCUUCGUUGCCGUCAUCCUCCACUAUAGACUCGGCGUUCCCUUACUCAAACGAUCCUGCACCCACGACACCGGUACCGCAGAUCACUGUUACUACUACUGAGCGCACGAACCUUCUCUCAGUGCUGCGUGCAUACAAGGCGGUGCAUGCGCAAGGAACUCUGCAUAUGCUCUCGUUCGUUACUGUGAACGAAUAUCUUUGGCUGCUGCGCGCGGUCAGUAGUGAGAUGAGCGUCUUGGGAAGAAAGGCGAUGUAUUACCUUGCUGCUGCUGUCAGUGAUUUCUUCUUGCCGCAGCAGAGACUGUCGGAACAUAAGAUACAAUCUGGAAAAGGCAAUCUGUCCAUAGAAAUGGAUCAAGUACCGAAGAUCUUAAAGCCCCUUGUGUCAGAAUGGAACCCAGAAGGGUUCAUCGUCUCUUUCAAGCUCGAAACUGACGAGACAAUUCUGAUACCGAAAGCCCAACAAGCGCUCGAGCGUUACGGACACCAGGUUGUGAUCGGAAACGAUCUCCACCACCGCAAGUACCGCGUUGUGUUGAUAUCUCCCGUGGCGCAGGAAGACGCCACGAAGAAAUUGGACGGAGUCCUCACAUCUCAACCUAAAUAUUCGGAAUUUUGGAUAGAAAUUGAUUCUCAUCAACCGUCCACCCAUCCCAAGGAAAUAGAGGAAGACAUUAUUGAAGAACUGCUUAAACGGCACAAGGUAUGGAUCGAGAGCUCAUGAGUUGGAUUCUGAUCUAUAGUAAUGCGUUGGAUGUAAUCAUAUACACUAGAAUUAUAGUCUUUUGUGAAGGCGUGUGCGAGCGGGAGUAAAGUCU